UGAUGCAGGCCAUUGCUCAAAUCAAGUAUUCAGUCAUUGUAAGAAACUGCAUUGUAUUUCUUGUUUUAUAAUGAGGAGAGUUAUAGUAAUCGCAACAGCUAUCACCUUGGUGGCAAGUGAAGCUCCAAUCGUAGAGAUUCGAAAUGGAAAGGUGUUAGGCACUGUAGUGAACACUUUUACAAAAGGGGAAUUUUACGCGUUUCAGGGAAUACCGUACGCACAACCACCUGUAGGAAGAUUACGCUUUCAGGCUCCACAACCAGCAAGCGAUUGGGAAGGUAUAAUAGACGAUUCAAAGAAGGAUAAUAUUUGUUUCCAAGUGAAGUCUGAUUCCGACAAUGAGAAUGAAGAUUGUUUGUAUAUUAAUGUGUUCACGCCAACCUAUUCAAUUAAUAACUCAUCCUCACGUUUACCGAUAGUGUUUUACAUUUACGGCGGAGGGUUUAGGGCUGGAUCAGCAGGACUAGGGAGUAUAGGCCCUGACCAUUUCAUCGAGAAUGAUGUCAUCGUCGUCACUCACAACUACCGGAUAGGGCCAUUUGGAUUUCUGUCUACCGGUGAUAUAGUCCUACCAGGAAAUGCAGGUCUAAAAGAUCAAUCGCUUGCAUUAAAAUGGACAUUCGAUAAUAUCGAAUUUUUCGGAGGCGAUCCCAAUAAAAUUACAAUAAUGGGAGAGAGUGCGGGAUCAGCCUCAGUUGGUUACCAAAUUUUAAGUUCGAAAAACAAAGGAUUGUUUCGAGGCGCUAUAGCAGAGAGUGGAUCGCCACUGAACGAAUGGGCAUCAAUAAUGAAUCCUUUAGAUUACAUUUUUGCUUUGCUGGAUGCAAUAGAUCCUGAAAUACAAAUUUCCAAAGACAGCGAAUCCAUGUUAGCGUAUUUGCAAAGCAUUGAGGCUAGGCAGAUUGAUCAAGCUUCAACGAUGACCGAAAUUAAACUGACGCUACCUGUUGUGGAAAUAGAACAUGAAGGUGCUUUUAUCACCCAAGGGAUGUAUGAGGCCUUUGAACAGGGAAACUAUAACAAAGUUCCUCUCAUAUUAGGAGUAAAUUCUGAAGAAGAAAUAAUUAUGCUGCAAUCAACGAAAGCCGUCAAAGUGCAAGGAAGGGCAUAUGACGCAGAUCUCGAUAUUCUUAUCCCCGAAAAUUUCAAAACGAGAAAUGAAGUUGGCAGAUCGGUGAUAGCAGAAGAUAUAAAAGAAAUUUACAUGGAGAGGGAUAAUAAUUUUGGUGAUUUUAUGAACUCAACGAUACGAUACAUGAGUGAUAAUGGAUUCACGAGAGGUGUAAUCCGCCAAGGAGAGCUCAUGUCCCAAUACUCGGAUGUCUAUUUUUACGUAUUUUCAUAUGAUGGCGAGCUUGGAGGUUGGGAUUUAUCCGAGGAAGGCGCCGAAAAAGUUGGACAUGGUGAGGAACUCAAAUAUCUAUGGGUGCAUAGGGGGACGCACAGUACCCAAGACUUGAGUCAGUUUCCCGAUUCCGAUGUCGUUACCUUAAAGAGAAUGGUAAAAAUGUGGACAGAUUUUUCGAAAACACUGAAUCCGACGCCUGAAAUAUCUGAACUACUAGAAAAUGUCACAUGGCCCAGAGUGAGGUACGAUAAUUAUCAGUAUUUGGACAUCGGAGAAGAAUUAAAAGCAAAAACCAAUCCAAAAACGUCGUACCUGAAAUGGUCUGCUAUAUACGAUAAAUAUGCCAAACGACCUUAUGUAACGUUCUAG